UAAAACAAGUAAACAAUGGAUCUAUUCUUCAUGUGCAUCCUGCUGAGCUUCUCUGGAAUUUUUACAAAGUAUGUUUAUAUUGAAGAUGAAAAGAAUUGGCAGGAUGCUCUGACACACUGUCGGCAGCAAUACACAGACCUGGCUCCUGUCAGUAAUGAACAGGAUAAUCUCAAACUUCAGCAGCUCUCUGGUAUUCUCAAUAGUACAUCCUGGCCAUGUAUCUGGAUAGGAGCGGAAAGAAAUUGCUCCAACAGGGAGCAAUGGCUGUGGUCAGGGGGUGGAGUGACUACCACAUGUUUCUGGUCACCAGGUGAGCCUAACGACUGUUUCGGUGUUGAAGACAGUGGCUGUCUGCAGAAAAGCGGGUGGAAUGAUGCAAACGCACAGGAACACAAAGCAUUCUUCUGCUACCGCGCAGUAGUAGUGGAGGAGCAAAAGACUUGGGAGGAAGCUCUAGAGUACUGCAGGGAGCACCACGAUGACCUGGCCAGUGUGGCAUCUGAGACCGAGAUGCUGCUUAUCCAGAGAGAACUGAAAAAACAUAAUCCCGCUGAACAUGUCUGGAUUGGUUUGCAUUUCUUCUCUUUGGUUGGACAGGCAGGCUGGCUGUGGGUGGAUAGGCAGGAGAUGGACUACGAGGCUUGGGAUGAAGGGGGGAAACCAGCAUGUCCUGAUCCCAGGAUGGAGUGUGCAGCCAUACAGGUGACAGAAGGGACUGAGGGUGUUUGGGGGGCUCAUGACUGUGAAGAGAAACUUAAUUUUGUUUGCUACUGAGGAAAUAUGCUUUGCAAAAUCAAUUUUAAAUAUUCAUUUUUGUUACUAUAGUUGCUUGGUAGUGUCCUUUGUUCAUUGUUCAUUUUGCUCCUUGAUGUGAAUUUCUUGACAGAAGUCUGGCAUUGGAGUUCAACUCUGUAAAAUGAAAUAAUAACAAUAUUUUUUUUAAUGUGAUGCCGUUUGAGAUUAUCCUUUUGUUUGCAUGCAGAGUGAACCCACACAAUUUGCAGUGACCAGAGUUGUGUGAAACUCUGCUUCUCAAAGAGAUUGAAUUCCUCCGGCUCUACUUUAUCCAAAAGUAAAAUAAAAAAGCUGGAUGUUAAAUAAUACAGAGGUUUAAAACAACGCGUUAACGAGCUAACCGUGCUAACACGUUGACGCUGUGCAGCCCCACGCACGUGGCGAUCCACGAUAACUUGCUAACGGAGAUUGUCCUCAUUAAUGCGGUUAUGGCGUUAAUGUCAGCAUGCUGACAGCACUAAUAAUUAUAUGUAUAGCUAGGUAUGUAGUCUAUUCAAUCUGACUUAUCAAUAUAAUGAAUGAGCAAUGUACUCUAAUCAAUUAAAUUCUUUUAAUGCCUGUAUUUUUUUGGCAUGAUUCACCUUUGACCCUGGCAAACUAGUCACAGUGUGUGAGGUUUCCUGCUGGAAUGUGAAAGAUAUGAAUAAGACAUCAUCGACCCAUCACCAGGCAUGAUAUUGAAUAACAGAAGCACUAUUGAGUAUAUUGUGAUUGACAAACACUGAGUCAUCAAAUGGACAUACAUGGUGAAGUUGCAUUACCAUUAGCGGGGGGAGAUCAUAGGUUUUAAAUGUUAUAUAUGAAGCUAAGAAGUGAGCAAAAAACAUGUGAAGCACAUUCCAGGGUCCUUAAUUGCAAGAAAGGAUUAAGCUAGGUGGCUUAAGAUGUGUUUAAAAAAAAUCUAUUUUCUGAUUUCAAAACGCUUAGCUGUGUCUCUAAUAAAACCCUCUGUAACUUUGCUCUGCUUCAUUUCAACAGCAUCAGGUGAUGUUCAUAUGUUAAUUAUUGGUUUUCUUCCAUUUUUGAUCUACUGCAGAAUACUUUUAAGGGGUUAUCUGCUUUAAAAAGCCAGGCCUGGAAAAUCUCAGUCAUGUUUUUCUGUGUUUUAUCCUCAGCUACUUUGACAUAAAAGGAUCUGCUGUGAUGCGUGCACAUCUGGCAAAGUGUCAGCUUUGUUUAUAAAAUAUGUAAUGAUAAAUGAUCAGAAUUAUAAUAUUUCUGACUGUCUGAGUCAAAAUUGAAUCGAAAUUGAAUUGAGAAUCGAAUCGAAUCUGGACCAUCAGAAUCAAAUCAGUUAUAGAAAUUAGUGACAAUAUCUAGCCCUAUUUAUAAUGUCUGUUUAAAUGCUUGUCUGUGAUUAUUUUCAUGUUGCCUCGAAAUACAAUAUCUCCCUCUGCUGUUACAUAAAACUUCUGCAUGUGUGUACAUGGAGAAGUAAAGUGUAAAAUGGACACUCACUUGUCUAUUACAUAUUUUGCAGUGAUUCUCGGGUUAACUAAGUGAGACAUACAGAAAACUAUAUUAACAUGUGAUGGAUUUAAUGGAUGAUCAUGUUAAAGUACAACAUAGAAAAGAAGAUAAUGUAAUCAUUGUAAUGAAUGACUGAAGUUUGCUUCAAACCAUUUGAAUAAAGGUUACACAGAGAGAGAGCGCAGAAGGGUGAGGCUUAGUAUAGAAAUACACAGUCAAAUCAUACAGUGUGGACAUCAAGGAGGGGAGGAGAGAGAAGAAAAAGAACAAUACAAACACCAUGCCAACAAAAUGAGUUGUUCUUCCUCUAGUUUUCUGUGAUGGGCAGAGAACUUCAGAAGAUCUAGCCUUGGGAGUUCAUUGUGGGAAAUUACAGCAAAAAUGCCAGAGGAUAAACCACCGCUGAAAAAUUAUAAUUAUAAUGGAAUACUGAUAAUAACAUCCGUGCAUAUGCAUGUACACACCUGUGCAUUCAUACAUGUGUAUGCCAAAAUAAAAAUAAAUAAAUGGGUAUGCAUCUGUGUAUAGUUAAAAAAUUAAUUAAAUCAGAUAAUCAAAUGCCAAUAUUAGUAAACAAAACUGGAAGAAAUUUGUUGAAGGAAGGAUCGAAAAAAAUAAAUACAUCACAAAAGGAUGAAAGAAAAGAAAAGAAAAGGGAAGGUGCAGCUCAUAGAACACAAAAGAGCUGCUAGAGGUAGCACUGUCAGAAAUGAUAGUCCUAUGUGUUUGCUGACUUCUAACAUUUGGCACCAUCUUUAUUUUCUUUAGACUGUGAUCAGCUAGCUAUGAGUUGCCCCCAGGCUUUAUCACAACCACCAGAUUCUGGGAAGAGAGUCUAUUUACCGUAUUAGUGAUGGGAUUUCCGGCUCUUUUUAGAGAACCGUCU